AUGUUGGGCAAUAACCUUUCCACCUUCCUCGCUCUCCUCAGCGCCACACAAGUCACUGCGGUCCCCUCAAACUGCCAACGCAGACACCCACCGCCACCGCCACCUCCCCCCAACCCCAUCUGCCAUGUAACCCAAUACACGCAAAUCCCCGCGGCAGUAGCCUCGUGCACGCACCUCACCCUCGACAACAUCCGCGUGCCCGGCAACCGCACCAUCGACCUCUCCAAACUCCAGCGCGGCAGCAAAGUCACCUUCGCAGGCACCACGUUCUGGGAGUACGCAGCGGCCAACUACCCCUUCAUAAAAGUCAGCGGCACCGACAUCGAAGUCACAGCCGCCCCCUUCGCCGUGCUCAACGGUAACGGCCCCGCCUGGUGGGAUGGUCUGGGCAGCAACGGCGGGCGCAUCAAGCCCAACCACUUCAUCGAGGUGAAGAACGUGACGGGUUGCUCGACCAUUCACGACAUCUACAUCAAGAAUUACCCUGUGCAUUGCUUUUCGAUUACGAAUAGCCAGGACUUGGAUGUGUAUAGGAUCAGGCUGGAUAAUGCGGAGGGGUAUGCGGCGAAUAAUGUGUCAAAUGGGUUGGCGGCGGCGCAUAAUAGCGAUGGGUUUGGGGUGUCGAGUAGUAAGGGGGUGAGGAUUCGGGAUUCUGUAGUGGUGAAUCAGGAUGAUUGUGUUGCGGUGACGAGUGGGGAUGGGGUCGUGGUGGAUAACAUGUGGUGUAACGGGAGUCAUGGGUUGUCGAUUGGAUCGGUAGGGGGAAAGUCAAACAACAUUGUCAACAACAUCUCCUUUACAAACUCCUUUGUUCUCAACGCUGAGAACGGAGCGAGGAUCAAGUCAAACUCAAACACUACGGGUUCCAUUACGAAUAUUCUGUUCAAGAAUAUCUUUCUUGAGAAUAUCUCCAUCUAUGGCAUUGAUAUUCAGCAGGACUAUCUUAAUGGUGGCCCAACGGGCAAACCGACAAAUGGUGUCAAGAUCCAAAAUAUCACCAUGCAGAAUAUAAGGGGUACCGCGACGGAUGAGGGACGCAAUUAUUAUAUCCUGUGCGGAGAGGGAAGUUGCAGCGAUUUCACGUUUAACAACAUACACGUUGUUGGGGGUGGAAAGAGCAGUUUGUGCAAUUUCAGGACAAAGGGGAACUUUGACUGUGAUGGCAAGUUUGUGAGUUAG